AUGGUUGGCGUGCCGGGACGUUCGAAAGCAUGCAACACCUGCAAGAAGCGUAGAAUAAGAUGUGGCCUCGAGAGACCGCAAUGCGCCAACUGUGUCAAGUCGAAUCGGCUGUGUGCUGGCUACCAGCGCGAGCGGGUCUUCAUCGUCAAUCAAGCGGUUCAUCCGUUGUCCCAUACGGCUCAAAAGGUCAAACCAGACAGUCCAGAAACCGUAGACGACCAGGAUAUGGGGAUCACCAAUCCGAAACUUCCAAUCUGGAAGCAGAAGCACCGGCACCCGAAGCCGUCCACUAGUCGCCAAAUCUCACUCAUCCCGGCCUACCGCCAACAGCUCCUGGACAACUACAUCCGCACCACCAUUCCCGACGUGUCACACGCCGGUCCAGGCGCCACCUGGUGGGUUCAAUCCCUCGCCCAGCUCCCCUCGCACACCCCCGUCCUCGCAACCGCUAUCCUUGCCGUUUCGCUCUCCAAAGCCGCCAGUGUCCACCAUGACGCCAACCUCCGCCUGCAGUCUCUCGAGCACUACACCACAGGCCUCUGGGAGCUGCAGAAAGCCCUCUGGUCCCCCGACGAGAUGUACCGGGACGAGACGCUCGCAGCGUGCCUCCUGCUGGCCGUCUACGAGCUCAUCGAAUGUCCCGGCGGCUCACGCGUGGGCUUCAUCAGCCAUCAGGACGGCGCGGCGCGGCUGGUGCAGCUGCGGGGACCAGAGGCGCACGUUGACGGCUUCGGACACGCGAUGUUCCUGGCCUAUCGAAACAUGGGGAUUCUGCAUGGUUUGGAUCGGCGGACGCCGCUGUUUCUGGCCGAGGGAGACUGGAUGACGGUGCCGUUCCAGAAGCAUCCCAAGGGCAUGGGUGAGCGCAUUUGGGACGCCAUUGCUCAGGCUCCCCGAGUGUUCCAACGGACAGAUGAGAUGCAGAGGAGCGUGCCGGUGAGGAGUCUGUGUAUUGCGUUGGAGGCAUUGGAGUAUUGUUGGGAGGUCGAUGGCGAUCUGGAAAAGCUGUACAAGGAGUUGGAAGCCAGUAUUCCCGGGCCUUUGUUCUGGCCAGAGUUGGCUGAGAAGGGGACGGCAGUCGGUGGUGAAGAGGAAUGCGACGAAGCUAGGGAGGGGACACUGUUCCCAGUUGCGUACAAAUUCUUCAAUUUGAGGAUGGCCAUGGUGCUAUUGAGCUACUGGAGCCUGUUGACAAUUGUUUACAACGGCAUGAUGCUGUUGCAUCGCGUGCUGGAGACUCUGCCUGUGGACAGAAAGGCGGUCAAGGCUUUGGGAGAUAAGGUUCCCGCGGCACUGUUGCGUGGUAUCAGCGCCGACUGUCCGCCUGGCUGUGCGUGCGGCGGCGACCCGGACGUUCCUUGCAUAGUGAGGUUCGACAUGAGCACAAUUCGACCUCUAGAACACAGGGGAAACGUCCUUGGUCCAGUCAGAGACAUCUGCCAGACAGUGGAGUACUGCACCCAGCCACAGAUGCGAGACAUGGGUUGGACCAGCAUUGUUGCACCGCUGACGAUCGCGGUGGAAACCAUCAAGGAGUAUGAUUGGUGCCGAAGAGAGCGGGAAUGGGGUAGGCAUGUCUUGAGGGGCUUUCAUCGCCAGCUGCCGUACCUGAAGAACAUGUGGUACUGA